AUGGAACGUACAACAGUACCAGCGAGGCGCAGAAGACACUCGGGCUCCUUGAACCGCGAUGGCAUCGUAGCGCCUUCGCCCACGACAUUCGGAAGUGGGGACGAUAUAAUACCUCGCCCCAAGUCCUCGCCCGUCGAGCGGCCCGCGCAAAGGAGACGUCAACACAGUCCCACCCACGACGAGUCAGAGAGGGAGGACGAGGAGGAGAAAGAGAACGGCGACGCAGCCGAGCCGGGUAUGGAGGUCGACGACGGUGCGAAGGGGAGGGCAGGGCAUCCGUCGGGGACGCCCAUCACGAUCCUGAAAAAUACGCAUAACCAAGUCGAUCACUCUUCGCCUCUUACCACCACCACCUACCCCGCCGAGCGACCCACUCGCCCGCUUCCCUCGUCAAAGGCACGAAAAAUGGCUUCAACAGCCGGCUCUGCCAACCCCCAUGCACCCAUCCAACCGGUCGCCAACCCCUCCAUGCUCCCCAUACAGGCACACGUUCCUCGCGGUCCUGCAGCUGCCUCGUCUCGCCGGCUCUAUGUCAUCCUCGAGCAAGCCUGCUUGGAGGCAUACAAGGUCUCAGGUGGAUUAUCUGGCAAGGGAAGAGGCAAAGAUGGCAGCGGAGACGCCAAAUACACCUUGUUGAAUUGCGAUGAUCACCAGGGCAUUUUGGCGAAAACGGGCAGGGAUAUCGCAGAUGCAAGGCCCGAUAUCACCCAUCAGUGCCUUCUCACCUUGCUGGACUCCCCGCUGAACAAAGCCGGUCUUCUGCAAGUCUACAUUCACACCGCGCGCGGCGUGCUCAUCGAGGUCAACCCUCAUGUUCGCAUUCCACGCACGUUCAAGCGAUUCAGCGGCCUCAUGGUGCAGCUCCUGCACAAGCUCUCGAUUCGAGGUGUGAACGGCCCUGAAAAGCUCCUCAAGGUCAUCAAGAACCCUAUCAUUGACCAUCUCCCGCCGAACACGAUCAAGCUCACCCUGUCGGGUGACGCUCCAACCCAGCGUCUUUCGCGAUACCUCCCAACCUUGCCCACGACCCACAACGUCGCCGUUUUCGUGGGCGCCAUGGCUCGUGGGAAGGACGACUUUGCCGAUGCGUAUGUCGACGAAAAGAUUAGCAUCAGCGACUAUCCCCUCAGCGCUAGCGUUGCUUGUGGGAAGUUUUGCUGUGCCUUAGAAGAGCUUUGGGACGUUGUUUGA